AUGACCGCUGGCAUUGCCCUGCCUCUGCGCGUGCGGCCGGGGGCCCCUACCCCGCGACGGCGUGGAGGAUGGCGCCUUUGCCUCCUCGCCGCCGCGCCACGCGCCCUUGCGACAGUUGCCAUCAAGCAACCAGGCACGCCUGUGAGGCUGCCGGUGAGCUCUGAGGACUCCCCUCAGGUCAUUGCAAGCAACGGCGAUCUGCUCGUGGCCUGGAAGCCACCGAAGCUGUCCAUGCGCCGGCGGAGAGGGGGGGAAGCCAGCGACCUCGAGGCCUGGGCUGCCGCAGCUGCGGGGGCUGCCACGGCUGUAACGACGCUCGGAAGGGGCAUUGGUGGCUUGGUCCUUCUGUCGCGCAGGCGGGAAUCAGCAAAAGAAGCCGCUGCAGCGAUCAAGGGUGGGCAAGCCAAGGCUUCGCUCCAUGCCGUAGUCCAAGGAGAGCCUGUGCUGGAGGAUGCUGGUAUCUUCGACGAAGGAGGAGAGCCUUUGGGAGGCCCCGAGAGUCGUCUCGAAGUCCUUCGCGCUUGUGAGGGGCUCAAGCUGGGUCGGCUGUCUCUGCUGAAGGUCACCUUGCAGUACGAGGAGGGCAUCGAGAAGCAGGUACGGCGGGUGCUUGCUCAGCUCGAGCAUCGGGUCAUUGGUAACGGCCAACUUUGCGCCCGCGCUGCGGGCCUUCGUCGCACUUUUCUGGCCGUGACAGGUUUCAGAUUUGCCGAUCUUGACGUCCAACUGCCACCACCAGCCUCCUUCGAGCGGCUGCUGGAUGCAGACAGCACCGCACUUCAGCGUCGCGGGGGCGCAGCCACCUGGUCCGGGCGCACCGAACAUUGCUCCGAAGAGGCGACCUUUGAUGGCCUUACACUGCGUGUUCCUCCAGGGGUUUUCGUGCCCCGGCGCUCGGCACUGCCCAUUGUCGAGGCGGCUGCUGACGUAAGCUCCGGUGCUUUCCGAGUAUUGGACUGCGGCACAGGAAGUGGCUGCAUCCUGCUUGCGCUGCUGAGUCGAUUCGGUGCUGCGACUGGAGUCGGCAUCGAUGCGGAUGAGAAGGCCGUGAAAGCAGCGGCCCAUAACGCGAAGGCGCUCUCCCUCUCUGCACGCUGCGAUGUUCAGCAUCGCAAGUUUGUCGACAUAGCUCUGAUGCCAGAUGAAGGCAUCGCCCCUUUUGACAUAGCCGUCUCCAACCCACCGUAUCUCCCGGCGAAGCUCAUGAAGCACGUGGGCUUCGCACGGGAAAUCUCCAGUCAAUCCACCGCAGCUUUCGCGGCUGGUGAGGAUGGGCUGCGCGCCUAUGAGGAGCUGGCUGUAGCUCUCUCCAAAGAUGGCGUGCUGAAAGACUCGGCGCAUGUUGUGAUGGGCUGCCAGCCCGGCAAAGCUUCCUGGGCGGCAGGGCCUUUCCUUCAAAUGGCUUGCUACGAGGUCCUGGCCCUUCACCGAGAAUGCGCAGUGCUCCGGUUUUCGCGGGCGACCUGA